GAGCGUGUCUUACUGCCGUCUGCCAUAGUGCCGUAAACCUAGCUAAUUGCAAUACACGAGAAAACGAGAAGUGUUCGACUCGGGACUGCGAUUACUCGUUUACUGUUUGCCGUGUUUGGUUGUUAAAGACAAAUGACGAUUAGUGUUUGGAGUUUGUUGUUUACUGUUGAGUGUUGACCACGAUUAAAGAUACUACUAGUCACUCUAUAAUUUAAUGUAUGUAUUUAACUUACAACUUAGUACUCCGUACUAACGCUGUCGCUUUUUUACCGCCGCAAAUCGACUAAACCGAUCGAAACUAGAGUUAAAAUUGUCGGACGCAAUUCUAAUGCGACUUUCGAAACAAUACUGCGCCACAUAACACGUACGGCGGUAGGUGAAGCGUUGGAAUUGUUUUUGAAGUCGUCAUAAUAUGUUUUUAGUAAAUAGUUACUCGUGUUUAAAAUAUGUCACUUGACACGCAUACUGAUUUGAGACUUCACAAAAUAUAAAUCUCUCUGCUUGAAAUUAAACCUUAAAAAAAUUGUCUUGAUUCAAUCGUGUUUGUGGAGGUUAUGUGGUCGGAUCCAUCAACAACAAACAUGGCUUAUGGAAACCAAUGGAUGAAUAUGAAUCCUGCUAUGUAUAAAAAUAUGACAAAUGAACAAGUGGACUGGGCGAGUUUGGCUCAACAAUGGAUCAAAAUGAAAGAAACUCCACCCUCAAUGCCCCCUGGACAACAAGUUAGGAUCCCGACUUCUGAACAUGCUCUGCUCGGUCAGCAUGUAGAACUUCAGAAUUCUUCAAACGUAGCAGCAGUAGCAGCGAAUAAAACAUUUAGUGAUCAUAAUAUCGCCAGUCCAGUUACACGAAAUAGUAUUGAAAAACCUAGUGCUUGGAAUUCGUGGACUUGGCAGCAACAACAACAAUGGAAUUGGAAUUGGGCAUCUUCUUCAACAGCUCUACCAACUAAAGCACCUAUUAUGGAGUCAGUUAAUCCACUUAGACCCCCUUUCAUAACACCUCUUUUAUCAGAACCACCUCCAUCUUUCCCUAUGAUGACACCAAACAAACCAUUUCUACCCAAUAAUUAUUGGGCUGGGCCCAACACUAGAGUUCCGCCACCUACUGAACCAGAUCAAUGGAGUAAACUUAAUAUGAUUCCAAAUGUGGAUGAUAGAACUCAAGAUCCAUCAUUUAUGGAUGCGGCAAAACGAAAGCAAUUACCUGCUUGGAUUCGCGAAGGACUGGAAAAAAUGGAGAGAGAAAAACGAAAAAAAAUUGAGCAAGAACAAUCUUUUAGUGAACCUGAUUAUUCUAGUUUCACAAUUGAAAAUGUCACUCAGGAAUUGCCCAAUUCGCCUAUUAAUUUUGAUCAAGAAACUCAAAUGCUUGAUGAUGAUGAUGAUGAUGAUAUUGAACCAGUGUCUUCUGGUUACAUAAAUGAUACUGAACCCAGAAAAACUGAUUUAGUGAAGAAUGACCUUUCUCCUCUCAUUCCACGUAAGACUAAAGCUCAAAUCUGGGAAGAUACGAUGUUAAGUCUACGGAAAAUUCUAACAAAAUUGUUAAUGGAUGUUACUAAUGAUAUGAUGUUAGAUAUAGUUAAAGAUGUGUUGAAAUCUACUUUACAAUCAGAUAUUCAAGGGAAUCAAAACCAAACAUCAUUAGCUGGUAAGCUGGGGCUUGGAGUUUAUGGUUCAGAAUCUGGGUCAUCUGAUGAAACUGAUGAAGAACAGAACAUAUCUGGUCAUAAACAAUUAAAACAGAAUUCUGAAGAAGCUAUUCAAGAAAGAAUAUUGAAACGCCAACGUGAGUUUAGUUAUAUUGAAGCAAGGAUACUUAUAGAAUUGGAUCAGCUAGAAGACCAGGAAAAACUUGUGAGAUCUAAAUUUGAUAAUAGUAUCAAACUCAGUGGAGAAACUAAUGAUAACGGUAGUCAGGUAGUGGAAAACAUUCAGACAAAAGGACGUACUGAGGAUGAAGGAUCCAGCCAAAAGAUGGUCAAGGGACAGGACAAAAUCAAAAACGAAAUAACCAAUGAUUUGAAUAUUAAAAAUGGACAUAAAAAAAAGAAAUCUAAAUCUAAAAGAUCGUCAAGUUCUAAUUCAUCAAGCAGUAGUAGUGUUAGUAAGAAGAGCGAUAAUACCGAUUAUAAAAACAGAAAUAAGAAAAGCGAUAAAAUUAAAUCCAAAUCUUCAAACAACAAAACUAAAGCAGAAAGUGUUAAGAGAAACCGAAGAUCACGUUCUAGAAAUAGAAGUAGAUCUCAUUCAAUAUCAAAGAGUAGUAUGUCGCGUUCAAGAUAUAGAAGUAGGUCACGUUCAAGGCAUUACGAUAGAAGAUCUCCACAUAAUUUUAGAUCAAGAAGAAGUCAAUCGCCACUAUCACGUCACUCAUAUUCCAGAAAGUACAAAACCAAACGAAAUAGUUCUUCUAGUUCAAAUGAAUCAAGAAGUAAAAAACACCGCUACAGACGAUAAUAUUCUGGUCAAAAUGUAAUUUUAAAAGGUUAAAAUUCUUAAUUAUUAUUUUAUUAUUAUUGACUCAUUAAAUUAAUUAUAUUUUAGCAUUAUUUUUUUUUAUAAUAUUUAUAAUACUAGGGUUAGCUUUUAAUAAAGUAAACAGUUUACUUAGGCAAAAAAAAAAAAUACAAUUUUAAUUAUUUUAUAAUGACUGCCAAUUAAAUUUUUAUUAGAAAUUUGUAAUUGUAUCUCAAUUAUUAAAUUAAAUAUAAUUUUGUAUAUUCAUAAUAUAUGUUUUACUUAUAAAUAAUA